UGCUUGCAAAACAGCAAAAUGACCAUUUGACCAUCAGUGUUGUAUUUGCUUUAGCUGAAGCCGACAGCAAACUUUCAUCACAGGAGGCAAGGACGCGGCAUGGAGGCGGCCGGCCACUUCACAUGGCUCUGUCUCCUGGUGUUUCACCUAGGCCAGAUCUGCUAUAUGCAGAGACCUGGAUAUAACCACAACAUACAUCACAGGGGCUUCGCACCAAUUCUUGCUAUAUCAAAAAGGACACCAGUUUUGACUGUAGAUGGUAAAAAUUGUAAGAUUCCAUUUCUGCUGGGUGGACGUUUGCGGUUCUCCUGUGAAUCUCGGUGGUACAAAAACAAAACGUGGUGUGCGACAACACAUAACUUUGACAGAGAUAGAGAGUGGGGAUUCUGCGCCGAACAGACCAGCAGAGAGACUGUAUUUCGCGAUCACUGUGUGGGAAAUCCCUGUAAGAAUGGUGGCACCUGUACUAAUAUGCCGUUCUUGCACGCGUAUCACUGUAUGUGCCCAGUGGAGUACUCCGGUCACGACUGUGAGAUUGCAAAGUGUUUCGAUGAAGCUCAUUAUGUCCAUUAUGAUAACGGAGAAUCCUGGGCGAGAAUUCACAAAGGGAAGGUGGAACAAUGUACAUGUACAAACAGCAAGAUAGAGUGCCACUCCGGAGACCGAUACACGGUUUGCACAGUGAAUCCCUGUCUUAAUGGUGGAGCCUGCCGCCUGAUGAUCAGCACCGGUAUGCCAGUGUGCGGCUGCAGAGGAGAAUUUGUUGGCAAAUACUGUAAUAUUGAUCUAAGACAACAAUGCUAUAAUCCUGGGAAUGCGACGGAGUACCGAGGUGUUGAGAAGGAAAGCCGCUCCGGGCACAGCUGUCUGAAGUGGGACUCCGGCAUGUUUCAUCGAGAGAUCCAUACCACCACCCAGAAAAACUACAUCCUCAAAGGUUUAGGAUCCCAUCCAUACUGCAGGAGCCCAGAUAAAGAUGCAGCUCCGUGGUGUUACGUCAUGAAGCAGAACCACCUGUCGUGGGAGGAUUGCUCGGUACCUAUAUGCUUUGACAAAGCAAGGAGAAUAGUAGAGGAUGCUGUCGUAUUCGCUGCCGCAAAACCUAAAUGUGGGCGAAAACAUGAGAAGCGCGUUAUGACGAGAGGACGAAUCCUGGGUGGUCUCUCAGCUCUUCCAGGUUCUCACCCGUGGCUGGCAGCAAUAUAUAUUGGAAAUGCAUUCUGUGCUGGUAGUCUUAUUAUGCCCUGCUGGGUUGUUUCGGCAGCGCAUUGCUUUGCUCACAGCCCCCAAAAGUCAAGUGUAAGAGUGGUUCUGGGACAGCAACUGUUUAACACCACAACGGAUGUCACGCAGACGUUUGAGAUCGACAGAUAUAUCUUUCAUCCUGAAUAUUCAGUGUUUAAACCAAAUGAACAUGACCUUGUGUUGGUAAAACUGAAAAAAAAAGAUGGACAUUGUGCAAAGAAGACACCAUUUGUCCAGACGAUCUGUCUACCAGAAGAUGGUAUCGCAUUUGAGGAAGGGUACGCAUGUGAUGUGUCUGGAUGGGGCCGUAUGAAUGAAGAUUCCACCGAUUAUGCAACUGUUCUACAAGAAGCCAUCGUGCCGAUCGUGUCUGAAAAUAAAUGCAGCAGUCCUGAAGUCUAUGGAUCUGAACUCAGCGAAAACAUGUUUUGUGCUGGAUAUUUUGAUUGUGACAUGGACGCCUGUCAGGGUGACUCUGGAGGGCCACUGGCUUGUCAGCGGGAUAAAACCUCUUACCUGUAUGGAAUUGUCAGCUGGGGGGAUGGAUGCGGCAGGCUCAACAAGCCCGGAGUAUAUACAAAAGUGUCCAACUAUGUUCAAUGGAUCAAUAGCAAAAUCAUGCCCAAAAAUUAAGAAAUGAUAGUUAUUCUUUUAUCUUUUUUUUUUAUCUUGACAAUAGAAAGAACAAUUUUGUGGGGGUGCUACUUGAAGGCUGUAGAGGAAAAACUGUUGAAAAAUUUUAAUGAAGACCAAUUGGAAAAAUUAUUUUUAGCCAAGGAUAAGUGGAAUGCAAUAAAAAUAAUAAUAAUAAUAAAUGCUCCCAAAGGCGUCCUUAGCCUGUAAGCGUUUUUCAGGUUUCAAAUAAAUAAACUCAUCACAAAAUAGGAAAGAGACAAUAUAUUUUCUAUCUGCUUCAUCAUUUGUGUCAUCAUCAUGGUAAUAUGUGCCGCGGUUCAUACAAGGCUUUGCCCGUUAUGUUGCCUUCAAGCUUCUCAAAAUACAAAAAUAAAGUGAAAUAGUAUAAUAAAC